AUGACAUGCAUGGAAGCUUUUAAGAAUGGUAUCGACUCAAAGGUUUCAGAGAGCCUCAAACAUGUGACCAGACUAAUCGAUGAGGUCAUCGGCAUGAUCCAAGUGCAGCAACACCAUUACCAAAAUGUCGAUCAGCCUUUACUACUAUCCGGUGGGACGAACUUCGAAGACGCAAAAUUUUCCAAGACGCCAAAUGUAACAGUUUCCCAGGAUGGGAGUGGGAAUUUUAAUCGAAUAAUGGAUGCCAUUGCGGCUGCACCAAGUCAUAGCCAGCAGCGGUUUGUGAUAUUUAUCAAGAAAGGAAUUUACAAAGAAUAUGUGAAAAUUGAUCCCACCAAGACUAAUCUGGUCUUGAUUGGAGAGGGCAUGGACGUUACUACCAUAUCUGGCAACAGAUGCAAUGCUAGUGGUUGGCAAACAGUUGAUUCAGCCACAUUUGCUGUACGUGCUGAAGGAUUCAUAGCAAUGUACGUAGGGUUUGAGAACACUGCGGGGCCAAAUAAGUAUCAGGCAGUUUCACUUUCAUCCUACGGCGACCAAUCAGUUUUCUACAGGUGCAAGAUGAGUGGAUAUCAAGACACAUUGAUGGUGCCGGCCGGCCGCCAGUUCUACCGAGAAUGCACGAUCAGUGGCACCAUCGACUUCAUCUUCGGCUACAGCACUGCCGUUUUCCAAAACUGUAAAAUUCUUGCUAGGAAAAACCUUGAAGGUGCACAAAACACACUCACUGCGCACGGUCGAUUUGCUGCAGAUCCUUCAGGGUUCUCAUUUCAAUUUUGCGACGUUGAGCCGGACACCGAUCUAGGGGGUAAUGUUGCUUCUUCGCCCACGUACUUAGGUCGACCAUGGGGAAAAUAUUCACGCACUAUAUUCAUGCAGUCAUAUAUGAGUAAUGUAAUAGUGCCCCAGGGUUGGCUGGAUUGGCAUGGAUUUGGUGGGCUUGGCACUUUGUAUUAUGCUGAGUACAUGAACAAAAGGACGGGUGCCUCGACUGUAGGUCGGGUCAAGUGGCCCGGCUAUCAUGUAAUUGCCAAGGCAUCCGAGGCCGAAUUGUUUACCGUGACCAAGUUUAUUGAUGGUGACUCAUGGCUGCCAUCCACCGGUGUCCCAUACGCACCAGGAUUGGAUCAAGUUUGA